AAAAAUAACCAACAACAGUAAUUCAACAACAACAACACUGAUGAAUCUUUAGUAAGUGUUUGAUCACAAACAAAUACGGAAAAGUUAAAAAUACAAAAAUUAAUAAAAAUUGUAAAAUGAUUAUUUUUUUAAUAUUAAGCUAAUUAAGUAGAGAUAUACAGGACCUGUUACCCCUAACAUGUCGCAGCUUCCAUAAUUAAUUGACGUUUGACAAUUGGCACCAGUCGAAAAUUGGCGAUUUAAUUCGUUUUGAAAUGUUUACUCCAGUUAACACACUAAUAGGGUUAUUUAAAUAACAACCCUCGUUCAUACAUUGUUGCUUUAGCAGCAUUACUCAAAAUCAUAGCUACAACAGCAAUAAGCGUGGACUAAUAUUUUUAACUCGAAGAAUUUACGAAUUAUGCAGGAUUGUUCCCUUUGUUCCUAUCACCUCUAAAAACUACCGACGUCCUUAAUCCCUUCCAGGUUGUUGACAAUUACUCUAGGGCUAAAUAAUUAGGUUUGAAGAGUUGGUUGCUUGCCUUAAUUGUUAUCGUUCAUUUUAGUUUUAUCGAUUUCAUAAUUUGAUUAACUUUCAAAUCUAUAUCGUUUUCUACAAACUUUCCGUAAACCUGACACAUUUGGCCCAUUGUUUCAUUUUGUUCGUUGCAUAAUUAUUAAAUUCAAAAUAUUUUAAAUUCAUCACUCUUGAAUUUGUAACUGAAUAUCCAAUUUUGCAAUGAGUGAAGGAGAAAUAAAGAAAGAUAUAUCAGAUCCCAUGGGAUUCCUUAAGGAUUUCAUGGCUGGUGGCAUAUCCGCAGCUAUAGCAAAAACUGCAAUGGCGCCGAUAGAGCGCGUUAAAUUGCUUUUGCAAGUACAAGCCAUAUCAAAGCAGAUUUCCGCCGAAAAGCAAUACAAGGGAAUGAUUGAUUGUUUUGUAAGAAUACCCCGUGAACAGGGCUUUUUGUCAUUUUGGCGAGGAAAUCUGGCCAAUGUCAUAAGAUAUUUUCCUACCCAGGCAUUGAAUUUUGCAUUUAAGGAUAAAUAUAAACAGGUAUUCCUCAGUGGCAUAAACAAAAAAGAACAAAAGGGACGCUACUUCUUAGGCAACAUACUAUCCGGGGGUGCAGCUGGUGCCACAUCUCUCUUAUUUGUGUACCCCCUGGAUUUCGCACGUACUCGAUUGGCUGCUGACGUUGGAAAGGCAGGACAACGUGAAUUCAAUGGACUCUUUGAUUGUAUAAAGAAGAUAUUCAAAAGCGAUGGAUUUAUGGGAUUGUACAGAGGUUUUGUGGUUUCCGUACAAGGAAUUAUAAUGUAUCGUGGGGCAUAUUUCGGUUGUUAUGAUACUGCUCGUGAGCUGAUGCCAGAUCCGAAAAAUUCACCUAUAUGGGUAAAUUUCUUAAUUGCGGAAGCUGUAACCACCUUUGCAGGCAUAGUUUCGUAUCCAUUUGAUACUGUACGCCGUCGUAUGAUGAUGCAAUCGGGCGUAAAGGCUGGCGAACGAGCUUACAAAAACACGGCACAUUGUUGGUUAGUUAUUGCUCGCACAGAAGGCCCCUUUGCUUUCUUUAAAGGAGCAUUUUCGAAUGUUCUACGUGGAACUGGGGGGGCACUUGUAUUGGUGAUGUAUGAUGAGAUUAAGAAGCUAAUGAAUUAACAUUUUUUAUUUUUAAAAAUUAACUAUCAGCAGAGUUUUAUAAAAUUUGUGCAUUCGAGACAUCAUUACUCGAAUAGUAGUUUUUCAUGUAUAGGAUUUAAAUACGACUGUUAUUUCUUGAACAUGAAUUAGUUAUCAAUCGAGUGUUGAAGCUACGACUGUGAAUAAUCUAUUACAAAUUGUAUUUUCAUGUUCUAAAUGAAAUCCUUUCUUUUCUUAUUAAAAUAAUUUCUUGUAUAAUAACUGAA